AAGGACAAGAACCCUUUUAUCUUUCUUCUCUCUUCUGUACGGCUCUACCUCUCUUCGCCAGCCAGUCAGCCACCAUUCUGUCAUUCUUUUCCCCCAACCGCCGUGCGUUCGCAAUUCACUUUUUCCGGUUGAUAUAUAUAAUUGGGAUGAAGGAGAAUGAGUUACCUCUUAACAACAUUGUUAAAGAAGCACGAGGUUGAUUCCAUCAUCAAAGACACCAUCGACAAGGUUCUUGUCCUCCGCUUUGGUCGUGCCUCCGAUGCUGUCUGUCUCCAACUUGAUCAAAUUCUUUCUAAAGCUGUGAGGGAUGUGUCCAAAUUCGCAACAGUGGCACUGGUUGAUGUUGACUCAGAGGAUGUUCAGGUUUAUGUCAAGUAUUUUGACAUUUCUUUGAUUCCUUCCACGGUGUUCUUCUUCAAUGCCCAUCACAUGAAAAUGGAUUCUGGGACUGCAGAUCACACUAAGUGGAUUGGCGCUUUUCACAGAAAGCAAGAUUUCAUUGAUGUUGUAGAGGCAAUAUUUAGAGGAGCAAUGAAAGGGAAGCUUAUUGUGAAUUGCCCUCUCCCACCUGAAAGAAUUCCAAAAUACCAGUUAUUGUACAAAGAUGUCUGAAUGAAAGUGAAUACCAGUUACCUGUUGUAUAUACUUGGGAUUUGCACAUUAUACUACUAGUUUUCAGAGUUGACUAGUCCCCUUCUAUAUCCUUUUUAUUCAUUCACAAGACUGGAAUAUGACAAGGGUCGAACCAUUUAUAAGUGUUUGAUAAAAUAAGACAGGUUUCUUGUUGGGGACUACAAUGGCUACGGUUAGUUGGUUACCAUGUCUAAGCUGCCAUCACAUAGGAAAGUAGGCCAGAGUGAAAGAAGAAUGAUGCGGCAACAAAAGGUAGUUACACUUGCAGACUCCUAAACUUUGUUAGGAUAAACCACAAAAAAUGUACUCAAAUUAUCUCUAUUGACAAAAGUGUCUCCGAAUUUUGUUAUUGA